AUGUUGAGCUGGGUCCAGAGGGUGCUGCCUCAGCCCCCAGGGACUCCUCAGAAGACCAAGCAAGAGGAGGAGGGGACAGAACCAGAGCCAGAGUUGGAGCCGAAGCCUGAAACAGCCCCCGAGGAGACUGAGAUAGAGGAAGUGUCCCUGCCACCGGAGGAGCCCUGCGUGGGGAAGGAAGUAGCUGUGGCUACUCUGGGUCCUCAGGGAACCCAGGAGACUGCUCUCACUCCGCCCACAUCCCUCCAGGCCCAGGUCUCUGUGGCUCCCGAAGCUCACAGCGGUCCCAGAGGCUGGAUGCUGACCUGGCUCAGGAAGGGUGUGGAGAAAGUUGUCCCGCAGCCUGCCCACAGCAGCAGGCCCUCCCAGAACAUUGCUGCAGGCCUGGAGAGUCCCGAUCAGCAGGCAGGAGCACAGGUCCUUGGGCAGUGCGGCACUGGGGGCUCAGAUGAACCCAGUGGACCCUCCAGGGCUGAAGACCCAGGGCCCGGGUCCUGGCUGCUCCGGUGGUUCGAGCAGAAUCUGGAGAAAAUGCUGCCUCAGCCCCCAAAAAUCUCUGAGGGCUGGAGCGAUGAGCCUACAGAUGCUGCCUUAGGUCCAGAGCCCCCAGGACCCGCCCUGGAGAUCAAGCCCAUGCCGCAGGCCCAGGAGAGCCCCUCCCUGCCGGCUCCUGGCCCCCCGGAACCUGAGGAGGAACCGACCCCAGAGCCCCAGCCCAGUAUUCAAGCCUCCUCCCUGCCACCCCCACAGGACUCUGCCAGGUUGAUGGCAUGGAUCCUGCACAGGCUGGAGAUGGCCCUGCCACAGCCAGUGAUCCGCGGGAAGGGUGGGGAGCAGGAGUCUGACGCCCCAGUGACAUGUGACGUGCAGACCAUCAGCAUCCUCCCUGGAGAGCAAGAGGAGUCGGAUCUCAUCCUAGAAGAGGUUGACCCUCACUGGGAGGAGGAUGAACACCAGGUGGGCAGCACCAGCAUCAGCCCACGGAUCUCAGAGGCAGCUCCAGCUGAUGAAGAGAAGGACGAGGUGGUGGAGCAGACGCCCAGGGAGCUGCCUCGGAUUCAAGAGGAGAAAGAAGAUGAAGAGGAGGAGAAGGAAGACGGAGAAGAGGAAGAAGAGGAAGGCAGAGAGAAAGAGGAGGAAGAAGGCAGAGAGAAAGAGGAGGAAGAAGGCAGAGAGAAAGAGGAGGAAGAAGGUGGAGGGAAAGAGGAGGAAGAAGGCGAAGAAAAAGAGGAGGAAGAAGGCAGAGAGAAAGAGGAGGAAGAAGGCAGAGAGAAAGAGGAGGAAGAAGGCAGAGGGAAAGAGGAGGAAGAAGGCAGAGGGAAAGAGGAAGAAGAAGGCGGAGGGAAAGAGGAGGAAGAAGGCAGAGGGAAAGAGGAGGUGGAAGGCGGAGAGGAGGAGGAAGACGAAGAGGAGGUGCAUGAUCACAGUGUCCUGCUGGAUAGUUACCUGGUGGCACAGAGUGAGGAGGACCAGAGCGAAGAAAGUGAAACCCAGGACCAGAGUGGAGUGGGCAGAGCCCAGGACCAGAGUGAAGUGGGCGGAGCCCAGGAGCAGGACGGAGUAGGCAGAGCCCAGGACCACAGCACCUCACACCAGGAGCUGCAAGAAGAGGCCUUGGCCGACCGCUCGGGAGUACCUGCCACGGAAGAGCACCCCGAAGUGCAGGUGGAAGACGCUGAUGUUGACAGUCGGCCCCUCAUCGCGGCGGAGAACCCACCCUCUCCUGUGCAGCUGCCCCCAUCUCCUGCCAAAUCCGACACUCUUGCGGUCCCAGGAUCAGCCACAGGGAACCUCAGGAAGAGGCUGCCUUCCCAAGAUGAUGAGGCUGAAGAGCUCAAGCUGCUGUCACCGGCUGCAUCCCCCGUGGUCGCCUGGUCGGACCCCACCAGCCCACAGGGCACUGAUGACCAGGACCGUGCAACCUCCACAGCCAGCCAGAACAGUGCCAUCAUCAACGACCGGCUCCAGGAGCUAGUGAAGCUCUUCAAGGAGCGGACAGAGAAGGUGAAGGAGAAGCUCAUCGACCCUGACGUCACCUCCGAUGAGGAGAGCCCCAAGCCCUCCCCAGCCAAAAAAGCCCCAGAGCCGGCCCCGGAAGUGAAGCCAGCUGAAGCGGGGCAGGUGGAAGAGGAACAUUACUGUGAGAUGCUCUGCUGCAAGUUCAAACGCCGCCCCUGGAAGAAGUACCAGUUUCCCCAGAGCAUUGACCCGCUGACUAACCUGAUGUACAUCUUGUGGCUGUUCUUCGUGGUGCUGGCCUGGAACUGGAACUGCUGGCUGAUUCCCGUGCGCUGGGCCUUCCCCUAUCAGACGCCAGACAACAUCCACCUCUGGCUGCUGAUGGAUUACCUGUGCGACCUCAUCUACCUCCUGGACAUCACCGUGUUCCAGAUGCGCCUGCAGUUUGUCAGAGGCGGGGACAUCAUUACGGACAAAAAGGAGAUGCGCAACAAUUACCUGAAAUCUCAGCGCUUUAAGAUGGACAUGCUCUGCCUCUUGCCGUUGGACUUACUCUACUUGAAAUUUGGUGUGAAUCCCCUCCUGCGCUUGCCCCGCUGUUUGAAGUAUAUGGCCUUCUUUGAGUUUAACAACCGCUUGGAAUCCAUCCUCAGCAAAGCCUACGUUUACAGGGUUAUCCGGACCACAGCCUACCUACUCUACAGCUUACAUCUGAACUCAUGUCUGUAUUACUGGGCGUCGGCCUAUGAGGGCCUCGGCUCAACUCACUGGGUUUACGAUGGCGUGGGAAACAGUUACAUUCGCUGUUACUACUGGGCUGUGAAGACCCUCAUCACCAUCGGCGGCCUGCCCGACCCCAGGACGCUCUUUGAAAUUAUCUUCCAAGGUCUAAACUAUUUCACAGGCGUCUUCGCUUUCUCCGUGAUGAUUGGACAGAUGAGAGACGUAGUGGGGGCCGCCACCGCGGGACAGACCUACUACCGCAGCUGCAUGGACAGCACAGUGAAAUACAUGAACUUCUACAAGAUCCCCAGGUCCGUGCAGAACCGGGUCAAGACCUGGUACGAAUACACCUGGCACUCCCAAGGCAUGCUGGAUGAGUCAGAGCUGAUGGUGCAGCUUCCGGACAAGAUGCGGCUGGACCUUGCCAUCGACGUGAACUAUUCCAUCGUCAGCAAAGUGGCACUCUUCCAGGGCUGUGACCGGCAGAUGAUCUUUGACAUGCUGAAGAGGCUGCGCUCUGUCGUCUACCUGCCCAACGACUACGUGUGCAAGAAGGGGGAGAUAGGCCGGGAAAUGUACAUCAUCCAGGCGGGGCAGGUGCAGGUCUUGGGCGGUCCGGAUGGGAAAUCGGUGCUGGUGACACUGAAGGCUGGAUCUGUGUUCGGAGAAAUAAGCUUGCUGGCUGUUGGGGGCGGGAACCGGCGCACAGCUAACGUGGUGGCCCAUGGGUUUACCAACCUCUUCAUUCUGGAUAAGAAGGACCUGAAUGAAAUUCUGGUGCAUUAUCCCGAGUCUCAGAAGUUGCUCCGCAAGAAGGCCAGGCGAAUGCUGAGAAAUAACAACAAGCCCAAGGAGAAGAGUGUGCUUAUUCUCCCUCCGCGGGCAGGCACCCCCAAGCUCUUCAGUGCCGCCCUGGCUGCAGCAGGAAAGAUGGGUGCCAAGGGAGGCAAAGGUGGCAAGCUUGCCCUCCUCAGGGCCCGACUCAAGGAGCUGGCCGCGCUGGAGGCAGCCGCCAGACAGCAGCAGUUGCUGGAACAGGCCAAGAGCUCAGAAGACGCUGCCGUGGGACAGGCGGGAUCUGCCGCCCCAGAACAGCCCCCAGCUCCAGAGCCGAUGGCCCCAGAGGCCCCCGCCCCAGAGCCAACGGCCCCAGAAGCCCCGGCCCCAGAGCCCCCCGCCCCAGAGGCUCCGGCCCCACUCUCUCCACCACCUGCCUCCCAGGAGAGGCCGGAGGAAGAUGAGGAGGCUGCGCUGCGGCCAGAGGAGCGGAUCCACGUGACCCCGGGCCCGGAUCCCAGCGAACAGAUCCUGUCGGUGGAGGUCCCUGAGAAGCAGGAGGAGAAGGAGAAAAAGGAGGAAGGGGAGGAGGCGAGGAAGGAGAAGGAGGAGGAGAAAGGCGGCAGUUAG